AUGGGUAAGCCAAGGGGAAUUAGAACUGCUCGUAAACACGUAAAUCACCGUCGAGAGCAACGAUGGGCAGAUAAAGAUUAUAAAAAAGCUCAUUUAGGAACCAAAUGGAAAGCCAAUCCAUUCGGAGGAGCAUCACACGCAAAAGGCAUCGUUUUAGAAAAAGUCGGUGUAGAGGCUAAACAACCUAAUUCAGCUAUUAGAAAGUGUGUUAGGGUGCAACUUAUAAAGAAUGGUAAAAAAAUUACUGCUUUUGUACCUAGGGACGGUUGUUUAAAUUACAUUGAAGAAAACGAUGAAGUGCUGGUAGCAGGAUUUGGUAGAAAAGGUCAUGCUGUGGGAGAUAUUCCAGGAGUAAGAUUUAAAGUAGUUAAAGUGGCAAAUGUGUCCUUACUUGCUUUGUACAAGGAAAAGAAGGAAAGACCAAGGUCUUAA